AUGCCACGAAAAAGUUCUAUGCGUGAUAAUGUCAUCGCUGUUCGUUCUCGAUUACCACAUUUAUCUGAUCUUUCACGUGAAAAAAUUGAACUAGCUUUACUUUAUUAUGAAUUAAAUAUUGACGAAACUGUUGAAGCAUUUAAAAGAAAUGGUGCAAUUGAAGCUCUCGGUGGUUGGACUGAAAUGGGUAAUGGUCGAGGAAAUACUUCAUCGAAACGAACAAAUAAUGAUACUCGAAAUAGAAAUAAUAAACCAUCGACAUUAUCUACAAAUUCAUUAUUACAAAAUCCUCCGUCCAAUGGGAUUUUACGACCAUCACAACGUGUAUCAAAUUUAUUUCAAACAUUUGCUAUAGGUGGUAUACCAACAAUAACUACUAAUGGAAGUACAACUAUGUCUAAUACAACUGCUUGUUCACCAUCAUCAAUAUCAUCAUCAUCUUUUAUUGAACAAUCUGAUAAUAAUCAUGAUUUAACAAUAACUCAUGAUGAAACAAUCGAACAACAAAAAUCACAACUUCUAAGUCAUAUAGAAAAUCAUGAUGAUUCAAUUUCAUCAAUAAUACAAAAUCAUGAACCAUCAACAAUUACCAAUAGUCAACCAACAACAGUAGCAAAAUUGGCUAAUAAUAAAAAAUUACUUACAAAAUCAGUUAAAGAUCUUCAACGACAAACAUCAACAUUAACAAAUGUUGAAAUAUUAUUUAAUAAUGAAAUAAAAUCAUCAAUAAAACGUAUUGAUGAUAUAUUUAAACAAAUACAUGAAAUACUUAAACAACGUGAAGUUGAAAUUUAUUUAGAAAUGGAUAAAGUUAAAGAACACGGUUUAAAUAUCAUACAUAAUAGACAAAAACGUGCUAUUGAAUUACGUCAACGUAUUGAUCGUUGUGAUCGUCUUGAACCAUUUGAAAUAGAUAAUCUUCGUCAUGAUAUUAAACAAUUUGUUACUGAUCGUCGAUAUGAUCUUGGUGAAGAAUUAACAACAUCACAUCGUUUUGAAUAUGAUCAAACAAUAAUAGAUUUAUUAAAAAAUUUUGGUCAUGUUUCACCAGUUGAACGAACACGUUUGGCAUCAAUAUCAUCUGGAUUUAUUGAAACAAAUACAUCAACAAUAGAAAAACAAAUAUCCGAUGUAACAUCAGAAAAAAUACAAAUAUCAAAGAAAAGUAAUCGUAUACCAUCAAUAUCACAUUCAUCAAAUGAAAUUGAUUUUAUUAAUAAACAACAAGAACCAUUACCACAACGAAUUAUUAAUAAUCAACAAUUAAAUGGUGAAAUUAUUAAUAUUCCUACAAAUGGUUAUGUUACCGGUGAUUAUCAUCAACAUUUUAAUUCUUCACAACAAAUUAAUGGUUCUCUUCAAUAUUAUAAUGAUACAAAUGUUAAUCGUCGUCGAACACAACAAUAUUCUCAAGGUAAUUUACAACGUUCACGUCCAACAUUUAAUUAUCAUAAUGGUAAUAAUCGUCGUAAUGGUCCAAAACAGAUUAAUGAUCGUAUAGAUUUACCUAAUAACAGUAAAACAACAAAUACUUAUCGUCGUCCACGACCUCCACCUCAAUCUUCUCAAUCUAUUGUUCCAGUACAAACUUAA